CUGAUGGGCACUCUCUGACCGGCCGUGAUCCAAUACAGUCCGUCUGAUGAAGAAGUGCUUGUGAGUGAGACGGCGGCAACAUAACAGUGGCGACGAGAGAGGAAGAACUCAGAGAGGAAGAGCUCGGUAAAGUAUGCCUGCUCACGGCAAACUGGAACCGUUUGAUGCGCAAUCUGAGAUACUCACUGAUUAUUUGGAAAGAUUUGAGUUUUACUGUGUCGCUAAUGAGGUCCGGUCAGAGAGUAAGAAGAAAGCCAUAUUUUUGUCUUCUGUUGGUCAGUCCACAUUUGAGAAAGUCAAGGCUCUGAUUAGUCCUCAAACGUUGGACGCGGCUUCUUUUGAAGAGAUCAAGAAUGUUUUGAAGGUUCAUUUUAGUCCAGCAAAGAUUGAAAUCGCAGAGCGAUACAGAUUUUUUCAAAGGAAACAAAGCAGUGAAGAAUCUGUUGCGGAAUAUAUAGCUUCUCUCAGGAAGCUCGCAGUUCACUGCAGUUUUGGAUUAUAUCUUGAUACUGCGCUACGUGAUCAAUUCGUGUGUGGACUGAAUGAUGCCAGGUGUCAGAAGGAGUUGCUGUGCGUGUCGUCACUGUCGCUGCAGGAUGCAGUUCAGCACGCCAGGUCAUAUGAAGCGGUCGCCAGGGAGUCCGCGGCGAUUCACCCGACGCAACCGACUUCAACGGCAGAUCCGACCCAUCACCAGGUGGAGUUUGUUUCUGCUGGGUCUCGAGGCAGAUCAUGUUUUCGAUGCGGUAGCUCAACCCAUCUUGCGAAUCGUUGUCGGUUCAUGCGUACUGUCUGCUUUGCGUGUGGAUUGCGCGGUCAUUUGGCAGCCGUCUGCAGGAACCCGGGAGCGGGCGCUGCGGCUGGUGAGGUGCUGCCGCCUGGUGGCCGACCCGCGAGUCGCGGUGACCCGACCGGCGGCCGCAGUGGCCCGGCCGGCGGUGCCGAGGGAGGGUCGCGGCCUGGACCGUCCGGUCGGGAGGGGGCGCGGUCAGGCCUUUCCAGUCGACCGCUCGGAAGAGGACCAGUCACAGCAGACAACAGGCACCAGAAAGGAGGAAGAUCCGGUGGACGAGAGGUCCAUCAGACUGGAGAACUGGAAGAGGACUCUGGAGAUGAGUAUUCGGUGCUCCACACCCAUCAACCCCGAGGCGUUGCAGGAGAAAUAUGAAGAUGUGUUCUCCGAUCAGCUGGGGGAGAUCAGAGGCAUCGAAGCUGACAUCGAGCUGGACGACAAUGCCAGACCACGGUUCUUCCGGAGCCGGCCGGUACCGUUUCCACUGAGGGAGAAGGUGAACCAGGAGCUCGACAGGCAGCUGGAGGAAGGAGCACGUGGACAACCUCGAACAACUGCUCAGUCGCCUUCAGCAGUACGGUGUGCGGCUGCGCCGCGAGAAGUGCCGCUUCUUCCAGAGGUCUGUGGAGUUCUUGGGAUACACUCUCACCACCGAGGGAGUGCGACCGAGCGAAAAGAAGCCCAGGUGGCGUCUGCCACCGCCAAGGAUCCGGUGCUCAGCGUGGUGCUCGGCUGGGCUCGAACCGGCGCCUGGCCCGGGCACGCGAACGACAGCCGGUUGAAGCCGUACCUGCAGCGGAGAGAGCAGCUCACCGUGAUCGACGGCUGCGUACAGCUCGGUGAGAAGGUAGUCAUACCUGACAGAUAUAGAGCUCAGCUACUGAAGGAGCUUCAUGAAGGCCAUGUUGGCAUUCAUAAGAUGAAGUCACUGGCUAGGGUGUUCCUCUGGUGGCCAGGGCUAGAUGGAGAUAUUGAAAAAGUAUGCCGUUCGUGUCCGUCCUGUGUCGAGAACGCGAACAUGCCCAAACCAGAGAAUGUACACCCGUGGAAAUACCCAGUUCAGCCUUGGGACAGAGUCCACAUUGAUUUUGCCACUUUUGAAGGAAAAACCUACCUUUUGCUCGUUGAUGCUUACUCAAAAUGGCCAGAAGUGCGAUACAUGUCUAGCACAACGGCUACUAAGACCAUCGAAGUGUUGACGGACAUUUUUGCAACGCAUGGUUUUCCGGUGACGUUGGUGUCAGACAAUGGCCCGCCGUUUACCUCUGGAGAGUUUCAGAGCUACCUGGCAGCGCGAGGUAUUCAUCACCGUCUGACACCGCCGUACCACCCAGCGUCAAACGGGCAGGCGGAGUCUCUGGUACGUACCUUCAAAGCUUUCCUCAAGAGGUAUGCAGGACCCAGAACCACAGCAGUAGCACAAUUUCUGGCAAAAUACAGAACGACUCCAUGCGUCACAACAGCCCGGGCACCCGCCGAAUUGCUUUUUGGGAGACUGCCUCGGACAAAGCUCUCGCUCCUCAAGCCCAGUGUUGCAGCGCGGAUGCGACAUGAGCCUGUCGACACUGUCUCACGAUCAUUUCUUGCAGGUCAACCUGUCUUGGUUCGAGAUCUGCGGCCAGCAGCGACCGAGAAAUGGCAGCGCGCUGUCGUCGUCGCCAUUGGAGGCCCACUGACGUACAGCGUGCGGCUGCCGGACGGUCGCAUACGUCUCGCCCACGUGGAUCAUCUGCUGGCCGACGGCUCUGCUUCUGUGACGGCUGAGCGUGGGCCCCUCGAUGCGCGGGUGACGGUGCCGCCUCCGACGGAGCCGGGAAAGCUUCGCGGUCCAGCAGUGCCAUGUGUGAUGGACGCUAGGGGGCGUUUUCCGUAUAUCAGUGAUUAUAAUAAGCGAGCAACAUGCGAGGGCAAUCGUGGCGCGCGUGCAUCAGAGCCGGUAGAAGCGGCGCCGGCCUUGCGGCGCUCUGCUCGGCUGGCUAAAAAAACUUGUUAAAGGGGGAGGAGUGCUGUGAGUGAACGCCGUCUAUUUGCUGCAUGUGCUGGUCGUGUGACCGCUCG